GUUCAUUCGGUCGCUCGCUCGCUCACUAUUUUUCCUCACCCACCCCUAUAAGUUAACGGUUAUUUAUGACUUUCAUUUGUUGUUCCUAGUUGGCCCGCCAUUUUUUUUACGAAAGGGGCGAAUCACGCAAAGGGGAAAAAGGGAGGGGAAUAAUAAAGAAGGAUUUCAUGAGUUCUCGAUACUAAAUUACCGUGAUUCAACUUGAAAGUCUUUUUCUUUCAUUCUUUCAUUCCUAUUCCAUUGUCCGGUUCGACACGGUCUAGCUUAUCUCUCUCUCUCCAUCCCUCGGAAACGGGGGUCGCUCAGGGAGGACUAGUUUCCAGGCAGAGAAACCACCCAAAGAUCUUCCUGCGAGCCAAAAAAGAGACUCGGAAGCCCAACGACAUUCUUGACCAGUCAUGACUUUGCCGCGCUCGCUCCUCUCCAUGUUGCCGCUCGUCCUACUACUUUUACUUCAAUCACUCACUGCAUCCGCAGCUUAUGUUCCAGGCCCAGGUCACGAUCUCUUCGCACGACAAAACCCCAACUGCGUCAAGGACUGUCUGGUUCCUCCGUGCGGUGGAUGUGCUCCGAAUCAGUACUGCGCUCUAAGCGUUCAGACGUGCGAUGCUUGUCCAAAGGCCACCUGUGCCAACAUUCAGAGUGGCGGCGGCGACAGCGACGACGACGGUGGUUCGUCUUCACCAUCUGUUGGGCCAAUCGUAGGGGGGGUGUUCGGGGGGUUGGCAGCGGCGGGUAUUAUUGGGUUCUUGCUCUACAGGACGUUUAUCAAGAAGAAGAAGAAUCAGGAAAGGAUUUCGAUGGCCGCAACAGCUGCGGAAAAGGAGAACGAUUUCGGAAUGUUAAAGAGCGCGAGGGCUUCAACCCAUACCGUUGCUUCGAUCGCAUCCACCGUUCGUACCCGUGCAUCAAACGUCAUCCAGAUCGCCUACAUUCCCGGUGUCACUAAUCGCUCAGGACCCUCUACACCAUCCCACCUGGUUCCACCUAUUCCGCCUCUUCCAAUGAUGGGCUCACCAACAACAUCACAAUAUCCCCGAUCUCCACUGGCUGGCGACUUGCAAUUUUCUGCCGACGAUAUAUUACGUGGUUCCAUGUACACCGUCAAUGAUAAUAGGUCAUCCGUCGCCACGACAAUCUAUGGCCAGAAUGCUGUCGUGUCUCAGCCUAAUAUUAUUCGCGCUGGAAAGGCUGCCGUGGUUACGGUCAAGGGAGGAAGCAGUCUUGCUACAUCUAUCGCCAGUUCACCAUCGUCUACCAUUCCACCUGUGCCGGCUUUGUACCUGAAUGUCAAGGGCAAGGGAAGACAAUCUACAUUGGAAAAAGUACCACCGAGUCCAGCCUUCUCUGUUGGAUCGACCUUUUUGAACAGGAUGAACAGCGCAAAGAAAUUGAAUACCGACCUACCAAAAGGGGCUAUUGGCGAGAAUCACAGCACAGCAUCGUUCAUAUACGACUCGGAUGAUUCGGAUGACGAUAUCAAGCCAGGCCAGCGGAUCAAGCGUCCUCAAUCAGCGUGCAGCAGCUGUAUCACUGACAUGGACACCAGCUCACCCUUCUCCGACACCAAUUCGUUGGCAGUAGAUGACAUACCUGGCCCAUCCAACUCUGGGCAGCCACUAGCUGGUAAUACCCGACGACUAUCUCAAAGCUUGGCUCAGCGCCAGUCGAGGACCCUCGAUGCCAUGGUUGUGUCAUCGCAGAGAACGGUUAGUCCAUUCGACGACUCGAACUCGAUUGAGAAGCAGUGAGUGGUGCAAAAGGGAAUGUUUUGUCUUUCUGUCAUUUUCUAUCGUUCGCACAAGAGGGCUUGCAUGCGCCAUAUGAUUCCAAUGUUGGUCCCAUUACGUUACCCCCCCCCACACCUGUCUGCCUUGAUUGAGUGUUUCCUUUUACACUCACCCCGCUACCUACCUACCCUGUCCCGCUAGUUCGGUAGAACACCAAAACAGGCACUUGGGGCUGAAAUUCUUCUGUCACUCAUUGCAUUAUAUUGCAUUACCAUCCUUUUG